AUGCUCGCACGCUCCUUGGAGGUCAGCAGCUUGAUGCAGAUCGGGGCUCCAUUUGAAUCCAACGACGACGACGACGACGACGACGACGACGACGACGACGACGACGGAGUGGAGGAGGGGGGAAUGCCAAGAAAGAUGGAGAAUCCUCGGGUAGCGGAUCAGAAGCUUGCUUGCAAUCACUUGAGGGGAAGCCUGAGAGUGCCCCGAUGCCAUGCUGGACAUGUUGAGUACCUUGCAUGA